AUGUCAGACACCCCUUCACAGCCUGCUCUACCGUCUCCUCCGUUCUACGCUGUAGAAGGUGUCAACAACCUCAGAGAUGUCGGUGGUUACACCGUCUCCCCCACCACAUCAGUACGGCGCAACUUCAUAUACCGGUCCGCGCACCUAUCAAGCGUAACACCCACGGGAGCAAAGACUCUUGUCGAUGAGCUGGGCAUAUCGUAUAUCUACGACUUCCGCUCCGAUGUCGAAAUAGAUCGGUAUCCGCUCGUAGACAUACCAGGCACCACAUGCGCCCAUGUGCCUGUGUUUAAAGACCAGGACGCAAGCCCAGCCAACCUGGCCCUAAGAUAUAAGGACUACGCUACCGAUGAAUGGCCUGCGGGAUUUAUACGUGCCUAUAAAGACAUUCUCGCCAGCGGAGCAAAGUUCGCCUUUAAGGUUGUUUUCGAACAUAUUCGAGACCAGCCUACGCAGUCGUUGCUAUUCCACUGCACGGCCGGAAAGGAUAGAACAGGUGUCUUUGCGGCGUUGGUGCUGAGGCUUGCUGGCGUGACGGAUAACGAAGUUAUUGGGAAAGAGUACGAGCUCACUGAGAUUGGACUGGAUGGGCUGCGGGAGGUGUUCAUUCAGAAGCUGCUCCAGCAUCCUUCAGUUAACGGGGAUCGGGAUGCGGCGGUGAGGAUGACGCGCGCAAGUGCUGCCGCUAUCAUUGGGACGAUGGAGUGGCUGGAUGAAGAGUAUGGGGGUGUGGAAGGGUAUAUGAAGCGGGAGAUGGGGUUUAAUGACGAGGAUAUCGAGCGGAUCAAGAAGAAUAUCAUCGCCGAGGAGACUGGGGUUUGCCCGAACUGA